AUGAAUCUCGCAGGAAGAGCCCGGGUUAGAGAUAUUUUUGAGAAGAGUGAAGAAAAGAGGAGUGAACCCUCAGUUAAGACACUAACGUUCUUUGACUUUGGAGGACAGUGUGCAUACUAUGCUUGUCAUCAGAUUUACCUGACCCGUAGAGCCUUUUACAUUGUGGUUGUAGACGCCUCUAAAUACCUUGACCAGGUGGUGGAUAAAGCGGUGUGUGACCAGAUGGACACCGUAUUCUCUGGAUGGACAUACAAAGAGUAUUUUGUAUUUUGGUUGAAAUCUAUCCACACCUAUUGUUCAUCUGUAAAACAUGGAAGUGAAGAUAAGGUAGAAGUACUUAUAGUAGCAACGCACUGGGAUGAAUCAGUAUACAAGAACAAGGAUUCUCUUUUGCAAUCUUUAUACAAUGCAUUGCCAAACGAUUCUGAUACGACUCAAUAUAUUAGAGAAGACAAAUGUUUUUUGGCACACUUUCCACCCGCUCAACCGUUAGCUGAUCUGGAGAAAUGUAUAUUAGAUAUCACAUUAAACUCAAGGUGGAACGAGGAAAUACCACACGAAUGGGUUUUUCUCAAUGAUGAAAUCAAUGAAAAUGAAAAUCAGCCGAUAUUACAAUUUAAAGAGCUGCAUAAAAGGUUGCCCGUCAAACAUCUUGACAAAAGGAAAAAUGCUGUUGACAUGCUUCGAUACUAUCAUGAUGCUGGAAAAUGUCUCUUCUUUAACGAGGAUGGUCUUCAAAAAUCAGUAAUCCUAGAUGUCCAAUGGUUUAUAAACGCAUUCAAAACCAUCAUUACAGACAAGUUACACGUGAAAGGGAUACAUGCAAGUAAAAUAGACUGGAAGGAAUAUUACGAAACAGGAAAUCUGAAAGAUACACUUUUAGAAGGAAUCUGGGAACUAGAGGAUAUGAAAUCACAGGUAUUAGGAAGAAGCGGUGAAAUUAGAAGAAACGGUGGACAUUAUUUGGAUCACAAGACAACCUUGCUUAUGUAUAUGAUGAGGCUAGGAUUGAUAGCCGUCGGAAUGGAAUGUCAUUAUGUGCCUUCUAUGAAUAAAAAGAAAUUCGAUAAAGCACAGAAAGAGUUUAUCCAAUCUUCUGAGUCAAAAACUCCGGUUUUGGUGUUCCUAUUUGACUUCCUGCCUUUUUUUUUAUAUUACCGCCUUGUUGUGACAUUAAUGCAAAUAGAAGAUUUGGAGGUCCUUAAAAGUAAAGGAACAACAUGUCUGUUCAAAAACACAGCAAUUUUUAACAACAGGGAUCAUUAUCUGGUAGUUGCUGUUACAUGUAACUCUAUCCAGCUUCAAAUUUUGCACUCUGAAGCAGGCGGGUGUUUGGAAAAAGAAAUCACAAUAGCAAUAAGGCAAUGUAUUGACGCAACUUUGAAGGACAUCUCAAAUACGUUUCACAAACAUCUUUCGUAUACAACUGGAUUUACUUGCCUUGAAAAAAAGAAUCAGAUUAUUGGUAUAGAAAUCGAUGAUAAUUUUAUUGAGGAGAAAAAGUUGAGGACAGGUGCCUCAAUGAAUUGUCCUCUGCACCAGUUAGAUGACCGCCAUAAAAUCAAUCCUGAUUUUUUGACGGAGUUUUGGAGGUAA